AUGGCAAAAAAAUUCUCUUUAAAUGAAAAACUGUCAUUUGUAAGCAAUUUUAUUAUUAAACCAAAAUCACGUUCUGGAAAGCCAAAACAUUUGUCUUCAAAAAAUGGGUUCAUCUUGGAAAAUUAG